CCCCCCGCCGCCGGACCGGCCCGUCCCGGCCCCGCCAUGGCCGCCCCCCCCCGCCUCGGCAUCCAGAUGCUGCUGGAGGCCGCCGAGUUCCUGGAGCGGCGGGAGCGAGAGGCCGAGCACGGUUACGCCUCGCUGCGGCCCGGCGGUAAGGACGGGGAGGCCUCGCGGCGCCGCGCCAAGGCCCGCAGGAGCAGCAGCGGCGGCAGGUCGACACACAAUGAGAUGGAAAAGAACAGGCGUGCCCAGCUCCGGCUGUGCCUGGAGAGGCUGAAGGGGCUGGUGCCCCUGGGGGCGGCGGCCGGGCGGCACACGACCCUCAGCCUGCUCACCAGGGCACGGCUGCACAUCCAGAAGCUGGAGGACCUGGAGCGCCGAGCCCUGCACCAGAUCGAGCAGCUGCAGCGGGAGCAGCGGCACCUCCAGCGGCAGCUGGAAAAGCUGGGAAUGGAGCGGGUCAGGAUAGACAGCAUCGGCUCCAGCCUUUCCUCCGAGCGCUCCGACUCGGACCGAGGUGAGAGCCCGCGCUGCGGGACGGCCGGCGGGAGCUCCGGCCCUGCCGGGACUCCAACCCUUCCCAUUCCUCCGGCAGAAGAGAUGGAUGUGGACGUGGAGAGCACGGACGACCUCCCGGCCGACCUGGACUGGAGCAGCAGCAGCCCCAGCGACUCGGACGAGCGCGGGAGCCUCCAGAGCCUGGGCAGCGACGAGGGGUAUUCCAGCUCCGGCGGGACCAGGGCGAAGCCGGCGAGCAGCCGGAAGCUUCCUCUCGGGAUGUAGGAAGCGCUUCCCGCGGCCGUUCCAGCGGCGCCGUUCCCGUGGGAUCCCGUUGGCCAGCACCCCGACCCCGCCCCAGCAUUCCCCGCACGGAGACACCCGCACGUCCCGCCGAUCCCGCAGAUCCCGCUGCUCCCGGGGCUCCGCUCGCACCCGCCGGGAUCUGCUCCGCCAGGCCCUACAUUCCAGCCGCGCUUGGAAGCGCCCGGGAAUACCGCGGCAGUAACAGCGACCUCCAGAGCCUUCCCUGGGUUCUCUCCCGGGCUGUCACUGCCCGGUAUUCCCGAUCUCCUCCGCAUCUGGCCGGCGGCAUCGUGUUCCUGACGCUCAGGACCCAAAAGCUGAGUUUUUGGGAGCAGAUCCGAAGGCAGAACCGGCCUCUUGUGGAAUUUCCAUCUGGGAGAGAGCGGAGCCACGUUGGGAACCCGCCCACGGAGCAUUUUGGGUGGGCACAGGGAUCGGCCUCAGUCGGGGGGUUCCUCCUCCCCCGACUCUAAAUAUUCAGGGACACCCCAUCCCGGCCCUCCCGUGGUCCCGGAGCAUUCCUGGCGUGGGGAAUGGCAGCCACCCCUCGGAACAGCCACCUCCGGGCUGGGAAGUUUCUGCCCUCCCUAACCCCAAACGGGACGUCCCACCUCCCGUGGCACGGCAUUCCAGACUCCUGGAAUUCCUUUUCCACGCUUCCAGUCUCGGGGACAGUAUUUCUACCUCGGAGGGAGCCCCCGGCCUCUCUCCACCCCUUCAGCACAAAGAUGAUGCCUCCGCUCAGCAAUAACCCCGCGGGACCCCCCGGAUCGUCCCCGGAGCACUUCUCCAUCCAGCCGGGAUCUUCCCAGCUCGGGGAGGAUUCCAGAAGCCCCCGAGGGCGGGGAGGGGUCCCGAGCCGGAGCACACUGAGCUGUCCGUGGUGUUUGUUCGUUUCCCGAUGCACUGGAGGGAACAUUCCCACCACUUCCUGCUUUUAGAGCUGCUCUGGGAAUGUUGGCACUUAGAGCUCUGCCUUCCACACCUUCCUUUUCCCUUCGGGCCGCUCCAAGGGUUUUCCAGCCCCUCGGGACCCUCUCGCUCCAGCCCCGUGGGGUCAGUGAGGCCUCAGUGUCCGGCACGGAGCUCUCCAAGGGCUUUUCCCGGCGCUGGGAUAAGAAACAGGCUCUGAGGGCCCAUUUUCUUCAGGAAUUGCAGGUGCUGAGAGGCACCAAGACGCUCCACGGAGUGCAAGGGGAUGAGGGGGAAACUCCAGUUCUUUUCCUUUUUCCUGUCCCAUUUUCCUUCCUCUCUUAUUUCCCAUCUUUCCUUUUCUCCUUUUCCUCUCCCUUCAGACCCCAAUCCCAUUUCUGGCCCAUUUGGGAGGGAGGAAGCUGCCCAAGGCCCCAGGAAUUGCCCAGAUCUCCCAGGUUUCAGCUCUUUUUCCAUGUGGUGAUUCCUA